UCCAACGUGACUUCCGGUUGUCAGAAUUUCCCCCAGACUCGGCGGCGGGCGACAGGAAGCUGUGUGGGCUUAGGUCGUGGUGGCCCGGGUGGUGGUGGGCUCCGGGCGGGCUCGCGUCAUCCUGCCCCCGCUGCGAUGCAUCCGCGGCGCCCGGACGGAUUUGAUGGCUUGGGCUACCGGGGUGGUGCCCGGGACGAGCAGGGCUUUGGCGGCGCUUUCCCUGCAAGGUCCUUCAGCACCGGGUCGGACCUGGGCCACUGGGUGACGACUCCCCCAGACAUCCCCGGCAGCCGCAACCUGCACUGGGGCGAGAAGAGCCCGCCCUACGGCGUGCCCACCACCUCCACCCCGUACGAAGGCCCCACGGAGGAACCCUUUUCCAGUGGCGGCGGCGGCAGUGUGCAGGGGCAGAGCAGUGAACAGCUGAAUAGAUUUGCUGGAUUUGGUAUUGGACUUGCAAGUCUCUUUACAGAAAAUGUAUUGGCACAUCCUUGCAUUGUUCUACGCCGCCAAUGUCAGGUUAAUUACCAUGCUCAGCAUUACCAUCUCACUCCAUUUACAGUCAUCAAUAUUAUGUACAGUUUCAACAAAACUCAGGGACCUAGAGCCCUGUGGAAAGGAAUGGGAAGUACAUUUAUUGUCCAGGGAGUCACACUUGGAGCAGAAGGCAUAAUUAGUGAAUUUACACCUUUGCCAAGGGAGGUUUUACAUAAAUGGAGUCCUAAACAAAUAGGAGAACACCUUCUACUGAAAUCCCUAACUUACGUGGUGGCAAUGCCUUUUUAUUCAGCAAGUCUGAUUGAAACAGUGCAGAGUGAGAUAAUUCGAGAUAAUACUGGCAUUUUGGAAUGUGUUAAAGAAGGAAUUGGGAGAGUGAUAGGCAUGGGAGUGCCUCAUAGCAAACGACUUCUUCCGCUUCUUUCCUUGAUCUUCCCUACAGUGCUUCAUGGAGUUCUUCAUUACAUCAUCAGCUCACUUAUUCAGAAGUUUGUCCUACUAAUUCUAAAGAGAAAGACUUACAAUAGCCACCUAGCUGAGAGCACUAGCCCUGUGCAGAGUAUGUUGGAUGCUUAUUUUCCAGAACUUAUUGCUAACUUUGCUGCCAGUCUUUGUUCUGACAUUAUACUUUACCCACUGGAAACAGUUUUGCACCGCCUUCACAUUCAAGGAACACGCACAAUAAUUGACAAUACAGACCUUGGCUAUGAAGUGCUUCCAAUUAAUACACAGUAUGAGGGAAUGAGAGACUGUAUCAAUACCAUAAAGCAGGAGGAAGGAGUGUUUGGUUUUUAUAAAGGGUUUGGUGCUCUUAUAAUACAGUACACAUUGCAUGCAGCUGUUUUACAGAUUACCAAAAUUAUUUACUCUACACUUCUUCAAAAUAACAUUUGAGAUUUAGGUUCCUUCACUGAGUAGUCUGGAAGAUAUAAUCUGGAUAAUUUGCUAUGAAGUUAUGAGGGAUAAAAGUGAAAUACUGGGGAAGAAAAUGGAUUGGAAAGUAAAAUUGGUACUAAAGUUCAUACUGAUUAUCUUGACUUUGUUUUUUAAGGCAUAGGUAUAUAUUUUGGAUCAAAAUUCUUCCAAAUUUGGAAACUCAAUAAAAAUAACACUUAUUAAAUUCUAAUUAGUGUAGCACUCAUGCUGAAGUAAACAUGAUCCUAGGCAGAAGCAAAAUUUUAUUAUAAAAUCUAAAACAAAACUUUAUAGAGUUGAAUCUAUUCCAUCUGACUUAAAUAUUUGCCAAACGUUUAUUUUACCUCCUAGAUUGAUGUUGGUAUAGUAUCGUUAAUACAGUGUAGUAUAUUAAUGUCCUUAAUACAAUCAGGAGGUUUUUACCUUUAAGCAAAUAAAUUAUGUCAUUAUUGAAAAAGACUUAAGGGAUGAUUAGAUUUGGCAAUCUGUAAGCAGGAGUCUAAAGGUUUUAAAUUGCAUUGUCCCUGUAUAACUAUCUUAAUGGCUAUAUAUAUGUAUUUUAUAAAGCCAUUUAUGUAUACACAUGUAACUUGGAAUUUCCUUCAUCCCUACACAUUUUCUACACUUACAUCACCUUAUUGCAUAAAACAAAGUCAUGCGCUUUCUGCUAGAACAUCAAAAUAUCAAAAGCCAAGGUACCCAAAAGAUGCAAGUCAGAGACAACAUCCUUGUCCAUAUCCAAACCCAGUGUUUCAGUGCUAGCAACUUAAUUUGUCAUACAUUUAUAGAGUUUGGUUUGCUUUGCUAGUUGUGUGAAUCAUCGGGUUGUUUUGAGAGCCACUGUUAAGAGAGAACAUAAAAUAAUCAUGACAAUUACUACUGUUUCCACAUUUACAAAUUGUGUACUUAAAUGAACCUCAUUUCCCUUUUAUUUCUGAAUGGCUUGUCUGAGAGGAAACAAAAUUAAAAUUCAUCUGGGAACUUGUGCCUCUUGUCUACUAUAUAGUCACCACUAAAUAAUGGCUUCCGUUUUUAUUUUCUUUCAGUUUUUGCUUUAAAUUUUGUUUUCCAAAAUAGUUGUACGUGGAGGGAAAAGCAAUUAUUCUUAUCACCUUUUAUUUAAACUUCUUUAGAUGAAUACUGAAGAAAAAUCCAAACCUUAAAGGAAAUGUGCCCUUGUAUUUUACGGGUGAGGGGAAAAAGUGCAUUUCAACAUAUAAUAAGCAAAAAAAUUACUAAUCAGUUUAAUAAAAACAUUUUGUCUAUUCCUAAAUGUAAUUUGGUGGGUUAAGCACUUUGUUUAGUAAAAUGAUAUGUGUCUGCUCUAUCAUUAGACAUUUUAAAGUUUCAUUUCUUCACAUGAAUAAUCACAGUUGUAUCACGAACCAUUUAGCGCUCUGAAGCACAGUGACUUUGCACUGAUAUUGUCCAACCAAGAAUGCAUACGAAUAGAAAUUCAUUUUACUUGCUAAAUGUCACAGAAAUGGUUACUUUUUGCAAAUAGUAGUGUUGGAACAAAAAAGUGAUAUCCAAAAAGUGUAAAAACAGUAAUAAGUAGCAAAUCUCUCCUGUGUGUGUGUAGUUACUGAAACACCUACAUUUUCCAUAUUUAAAUUCCACCAAAAGGGGGAAAAUAAAAUUAAACACCACUGAUCACAUUUUAUAUUUUAUGGUGACUAUUUUAGAUUAAGGUUUACUUUGUCCAACCAAUAGCAUUUAAAUUGUUUUUGAUUAGGAUAGUUUCAGAUAAGAGUAAACCAGAAAAUUUCAAGUUUGAAAAAUUUCUAGAAAAGAAUCUGAGUAGAAUCAAGUAUUUACUAGUGAAAAUCUGUAGGAUCCUUUAUUUAGCUAAAAAUUAAAUAUUUCAGGAUAUUUGUUGGAAGUUAGCAUGAAAAUAGUUACAUAAAUUCAUUUUAUUGUAGAAUAAUUAUAAGACCGAUAGGCUGAACCACACACAAAUCAGGUUGAUCUUGUUUUCCUUUUUGGAGAAAGAGAAUACAAAUUAACAUUAAAAUUGAAAUGUAGAAAGUAAAAUAUGAAUAAUUUUUUACAACCACUCCAAAUUAGUUGAAACAAAAUCUUGAACAGUCACGCACUUAAAUUUAAACUAGCCAAAUAUGUUGCACUGAAUUUUGAAAAGAAUGAGUGAGAUAACUGUAAGAUACACCCGUUCCCUUUUUAAAAUUGUUAUUUGUCUUUAACAUGGGUGCCAGAUCAAAUAUCCAUGGGCCAUACUUCUUAAGAUGAUAACAGCUCAAAAUAAUAUUUUUUAAUUCAGUAGAACUAAUAGCAUUAUGAAAAAGAUUCUAUUAAAUGUUCCACAGGCCCACUGGUCCUCUUAUAUAAGCCAAAUUUUGGCCAUGGAGCUUGUGAUACACUUGCCUUACAUUAUAGGGUUUCUUAAUUUGAGUCAAGUAUACUGAAAGCAAUUAAAAACUGGUAAAUAUUAAUUUACUAUGUAAAGUGAACUUAUGAAUUAACUUACUAAAUACAUAUAUGUAGACCUUCCCGAAAUGCCAUUCUCAAUUUUAUUUUAUGGGCUUUAAAAAAAAUUAUCUGGGUUAAUAAGGUUAUCUAUUAAAGCCCCCAGAAUCUCAGCACUAGAUGUUAUAAAUAUGAAAUAGUAAAAACAAGGUCACUUGAAAAUGGGUAUUUGAUACCUUAGCUGGUGUUUUCAGAAACAUACAGAACUGGAGAGGUGAGAACUUGCUUACUUUUGCAGAUAUACCUGACUACUCACAACUGUCUUUUUAGCAGCGGCUUUGUUAAAACUGCACAAAGCAUUCACUUUAUUGAUUGAGUACAAAUGCUUUAGUGUUUCUACCUAAGUAUUCGUACAUCUGUUCAGGAAAUGAAAAAAAAAAAUGCUGCUUUAUAUUAGUUUUAUCAACUGAGGUUGUGGAGGAUGUUUGUCCACUGAUCUUUUGAAACAGAAAAGAAUACUUUGUCAGCUUCUAAUAAGAUAGCCAGGUUUGAAUUAUUUGCAAAAUUUAUAUAAGCAAAUAAAAUCUCUUGGUAACAAUUCAUAUUGCACUAGAAUUUGAAUGAUACUGUUGUUGGCAUUUCUGUUUCUCUUUCAAGUAGUUGUAAAUAGUCUUUUUCUCAUAUAAACUGAAUGCCUAAUGUCUUACUCUUGAGUCAUUUAGUAUCAUUGAUAUGGUACCAUGUUGUAUAGCAGAGUAACAAAAUCAUGAUUUGACAAUGAAAUUUACAUAAUGCCUCACCUAGAGAUGUUUUGUCUGUAUGACUUUCUUUUUUUUAAAGUUUGUCUUACUGUUACUUUAAAUGUUUUGGUUAAAUUGUGUAAUAUGAAAAGUUCAAUAAAAUGUUGAAAUAAA